AUGCUCAAGCGCGCCAUCGGUGGUCUCACCAACAGCGACCACAAGAAGGACAAGGACUCGACCGUGUCCGCGCCCGCCGCCACCGCCGCGACCACGACGGCCAACGGCGACUCGUCGGUCCCUUCGAGCGGCCAGCAGACACCCGCCAGCGCCAUCCAGCCCAGCUCGACGACCACCUCCCAGGUCUCGGUCCGCUCCGACACGGCCGCCGCCGCCGGCGGUGGCGAAAACCACGGAUACAGCCGCCAAAAGACCAAGGACGGCGCGGGCCGCGACAAGAGCUUCCGCCUCUCGUCGAUCCUCUCGAACCCAAUCAGCCGCAGCGGCUCAAAGACACGCCGCACCGCCUCGGGCACCUCGAGCCUCGACGAGCCCAGGCCCAGCGCGGUGCGCAAGCAGCAGAAGCAGGAGGAAAAGGAGAAGCGCGCCAUCGAGCGCGAAAAGUACCUCGGCGGCAUCGCCUUCCGCCGCCAGGAGUCGGACCUGCGCGCCGCGCGCAUCGAGACGCCCGAGCAGCGCGCCCGCUACGGCAACUCGUACCCGGAAGAGUGGGACCAGCACUACGACCAGUGGGCCGACAUUGCGUCCAUCUCCGACGACCACCAGAUCGGCGACGUCGUCACCCUCCGCGCGCGCAUCCACACCAUCCGCGAUGUGAGCUCGCACCUCGUCUUCAUCGUGCUGCGCCAGCAGAUCGGCACGCUCCAGGCCGUGCUGGCCGAGGACCAGGACAACGUCACCGGCCACUUUGUCCGCUGGGCCAAGCGGCUGCCCCUCGAGUCGAUUGUCCUGGUGCGCGGCAAGCUGCAGCAGCCCCGCGAGCCCAUCACCGGCGCCUCGGUCCACCAGGCCGAGAUCAAGGUGCAGGAGCUCUAUCUCGUCGCCGAGAAUAAGGAGGCGCUGCCGUUCAACGUCUACGACGCCGACCUGGUCAUCAAGAGCCGCGAGGACGACGACGACGACGCCGGCGACGAGAGGAGCGACGACGCCAGCGCCAGCGCCAGCGCCACCGGCACGGGCACCGGCGCCGACUCGAGCGAGGCCGACGAGCACCAGCACAUCGAGGCGCGCGGCAACGACGCGCCCGUCAUCACCCAGCGCGUCCGCCUGUCGAACCGCAUCAUUGACCUGCGCACCCCCACCGCCCAGGCCAUCUUCCGCGUCAACGCCGCCAUCUGCAGCAACUUCCGCUCGUUCCUCGACCGCCACGGCUUCCUCGAGAUCCACACGCCCAAGCUCCAGGGCGGCGCGUCCGAGUCCGGCUCGAGCGUCUUCACCCUCGACUAUUUCGGCCGUCCGGCCUUCCUCGCCCAGAGCCCGCAGCUGUACAAGCAGCAGGCCAUCGCCGCCGACUUUAAGCGCGUCUACGAGAUCGGGCCCGUCUUCCGCGCCGAAAACUCCAACACGGCGCGCCACCUGACCGAGUACACGGGCCUCGACAUCGAGAUGGAGAUUGUCCACUACUACGACGCGCUCAAGCUCAUCGACCAGAUGCUCAAGUCGAUCUUCCGCGCGCUGCGCGACGACUUCAAGACGGAGCGCGAGCUCAUCAAGCGCCACUUUCCGCACGAGGACCUCGUCUACCCGGACCAGACGCUCAUCCUGCCGUUUGCCGAGGGCGUCCGGAUCCUCGUCGAGUCGGGCUACGUCGAGGAGGACGGCAGCAUCCCAAAGGAGGACGAGGACCUGCACACGCGCGCCGAGAUCCGGCUGGGCGAGCUGAUCAAGCAAAAGUUCAACACCGACUACUACAUCCUCGACAAGUUCCCGUCGUCGGUGCGGCCGUUUUACGCCAUGCAGGACCCGUCGAAGCCCGAGGUGACCAACUCGUUCGACAUCUUUAUCCGCGGCCAGGAGAUCUGCACGGGCGGCCAGCGUAUCCACCGGAUCGACGAGCUGGAAAAGAAGAUGCACCGGCUCCAGGUGAGCGGCAAGGGGAUGGAGGACUACCUCGAGGGCUUCAAGCUGGGCGCACCGCCGCACGCCGGGUGCGGCAUCGGCCUGGAGCGGCUGGUGAUGCUCUACCUCAACCUCGGCGACGUCCGCCUCGGCACGCUCUUCUACCGCGACCCAAAGAGCCUGCCGCUGGCGAAAAAGACGUCGGAGCUGCGCCACCCCGAGGCGAGCACCAACCCGCCGCCGUGGAAGAACCUGCGCCUCGCCCACGACGCCGACGCCGAGAGCGAGGUGCGCGACCUGCAGCCGCUCGAGAAGCUCAUCGCAAACUACGGCGACUCGUCCAACACGGCGUGGCUCGACCCGCGCUACACGAUCUGGCGCCACGCCGACACGGGCGCGGCGGUGGGCUACGCGCCGUGGAAGGGCUACGCCAUGAUCAUUGGCGACCCGCUGUGCGAAAAGUCGCAGCGGGCGCAGGUGGUCAACGCCUACCUCCACUUCCUCAAAAAGGAGGCCAAGCUCAAGCCGAUCUGGAUGAUGCUCGACGACGACAUGGAGGAGAUCCUCGGCGGGCGGCUCAACUGGAGCACGCUGUCGGUGGCGGCCGAGGAGCGCAUCUACGACCCGGCCAAGAACCCGGCCAAGCACGACCAGGAGGUGGCGCGCAAGGUGCGGCACGCCAAAAAGGAGGGCGUCAAGGUGCAGGACUACGGCCUGCUCGAGACGGUGCCCGCCGACGUCGUCCGGGAGGUCGACGCGCGCAUCGAGGACUGGAAGGCCAACCGCAAGGGCGAGCAGGUGCACAUGACGAGCGUGCACCCGUGGGACGACAUGGAGCACCGCGUCUACUACAUUGCGCGCGACCGCGAAAACGUCGUGUGCGCCAUGGUGGUGCUGCACCAGCUGUCGCCCGAGAACGGCUACCACAUCAAGUGGGCGCUCGACUUCCCCGGGGCGCCCGGCGGCGCCAUUGAGCACAUCAUCCUCCACGCCAUGGAUGCCAACCCGAGCACCAACCUCACGUUUGGCGCGUCGGCGGUGGCCACGUUUGAGGCCAAGCACGGCCUCAACGGCGUGGCGGUCAAGUUCCUCAAGAAGACGUACGCCGCCAUCGCCGAGCACAACCGGCUGGCCAACAAGGGCGAGUUCCGCCAGAAGCUGGGCGCCGUCGAGGAGCGCCUCUACAUUGGAUACCCGCGGCACGGCCUCUCGCCCUCGGGCAUCAAGGCCAUUGUCGACUUUUUCAAGCAGUAG